GCCCCGGACGGCGCGCUACGCAGAGCGGCGGUUGGCGGCGGUGGUCUGUCGGCGGAGCAGCGACGCGCCUGGGGACCGGGAGGUGCCGGGCGAGCCCGGUUGUGCUACCGCAGCAUGUCGGAGGGCGAGUCCAAGCAGGUGCCGAGCAGUGGCUCCGACUCCAAGCCGGAGUCCGCGUCGUCCGGCCCGGGAAUGACCUCAGUGUCUGCGCCGGUGACUUCCGCGGCGCCCCCGGAGGAGGAGGAGGAGGAGGAGAGCGAGGACGAGUCCGAGAUUCUCGAGGAGUCGCCGUGUGGACGUUGGCAGAAGCGGCGUGAGGAGGUGAAUCAGCGCAAUGUUCCAGGGAUCGACAGUGCCUACCUGGCCAUGGACACGGAGGAGGGCGUGGAGGUGGUUUGGAAUGAGGUUCAGUUUUCUGAACGGAAGAACUUCAAGCUUCAGGAAGAAAAAGUUAAAGCGGUGUUUGACAACUUGAUUCAGCUGGAACAUCUGAACAUUGUGAAGUUUCACAAGUACUGGGCUGAUGUGAAGGAAAACAAGGCCAGGGUCAUCUUCAUCACUGAGUACAUGUCUUCAGGGAGCUUGAAACAGUUCCUCAAGAAGACAAAGAAAAACCACAAAACCAUGAAUGAAAAGGCUUGGAAGCGAUGGUGCACUCAGAUCCUCUCUGCUCUCAGCUACCUCCACUCCUGUGAUCCCCCGAUCAUUCACGGUAACCUGACCUGUGACACCAUCUUCAUUCAGCACAACGGACUGAUCAAGAUUGGGUCAGUCUUUCAUAGGAUAUUUGCUAAUGUGGCACCGGACACGAUUAACAACCACGUGAAGACCUGUCGUGAGGAGCAGAAGAACCUGCACUUCUUUGCCCCAGAAUAUGGAGAAGUUGCCAAUGUCACUACUGCUGUGGACAUUUACUCCUUUGGGAUGUGUGCACUGGAGAUGGCGGUGCUGGAGAUCCAGGGUAAUGGCGAGUCCUCCUAUGUGCCCCAGGAGGCCAUCAACAGUGCCAUCCAGCUGCUGGAGGACCCCUUGCAGAGGGAGUUCAUCCAGAAGUGUCUAGAGCAGGACCCUGGCAAGCGUCCCACUGCCCGGGAGCUCCUGUUUCACCAGGCGUUGUUUGAGGUGCCAUCACUAAAGCUGCUGGCUGCUCACUGUAUCGUCGGACAUCAGCACAUGAUUCCUGAAAAUGCUUUAGAAGAAAUGACCAAAAACCUGGACAUGAGUGCAGUGUUGGCAGAGAUAAAUCAUGUGGACCGGGAAGGAGUCAAGAUGAUCUUCUCACAAUCUCCAGCACUGGAGCUAGACAAGUUCCUGGAGGAUGUAAGGAACGGUAUCUACCCGCUCACAGCUUUUGGGAUGCCUCGUCCCCAGCAGCCCCAGCAGGUUGUGGUGAAGUCCCCGAUCGCUCCUCCCUCCGUGAAAACCCCAACUCCAGAGCCUGCUGAGGUGGAGACCCGCAAGGUGGUGCUGAUGCAAUGCAACAUUGAGUCCGUGGAGGAGGGUGUGAAGCACCACUUAACAUUGCUGCUGAAACUGGAAGACAAGUUGAAUCGACACUUGAGCUGUGACCUGCAGCCCAAUGAUAACAUCCAGGAGCUGGCAGCUGAACUGGUCCAGCUUGGGUUCAUCAGCGAGGCUGACCAGAGCAGACUUACCUGUUUACUUGAAGAGGCGUUCAGCAAGUUCUACUACACCCGGAACGGAGCGCUGACGGCAGUGACUGUGUCAUCUUAGCAGCCCCCAGGCAGCCGGCACGGCAGCCCUGUGGCCUGUGACCCCUUCUGUGUCUGUCCAUCAGCGUAGGGCAUCGGCGAGACCCCAGCUGCAGUGCUCAGAAGCUCACCCUGCAUGUGCCGUGGCUGGGCCCAGCGACAAUCCUCCCUGCUGCCCGCUCCAGGGGACUUUGCGCAUCAGUAUUAUCUCCAGCCCUCCUUCCGUUGGGUGGUACCUGCAGAGCCAGGUCCUGGCCUGGGGGGUUCCACGGCCCCCUUCACGUGCAUGGAGUUUGUUCUGUUUGAAUUGUACAGUGUCUUUUGCACAGCACAGAAAUGUUUUGGUUUUUUUUUUUUCUUUGGUUUUAUUAAUUUC